UCUUGAGUUUUUUCUGGGAUAGUUCUGCAAAAUAAAAUCCACACUCCCCUUAUGUUAAAAAAAGUAAACGUACAGUUCAAGUCAUUAAAAUAGACAAGGUGCUUUUUGAAUACAACUGUAGUAGUUCUUGGACACGGACGAAGAAUACCGGUUCGGAGGUGGCAUCGGUACCUCACUAGGGUUUUGUUUAAAAAAAUCCUGACCAGACCUGGCAUUGACGGACGGACGGGUGCCGGUUUUCUCCUGGUUGUCUGGGAUGUAUGAAUGGAUAGUUGACGGCAUAUCGUCGUUUUUCGGACCUCACACUGAGCAAAGGUGUACGAGCUGGCCUAGGAGUAACAACCGACCGACACCAUCCUCGGCGAGUCGUGGCGUGCCGCGGCGAGAGAUCCUCCCAAGGCCGGCUAAGCGGCACUACCAGAGUGUUCACGCAUCGGGUGGCAGAACUGAAUGUUUGGAGAUCAAAAGACCCAAAAGAGAUGUAGUAGUCAGUGUUUUCAAGAAAACAGUAGCAGGAGUUGCUGGACUUCUUCACGUGAGGAACCCAUUUGUUAUGGAUGUUGGCUCUGAGGACCAAAGGGAUUGCACUGCGAAUGAGGUCUGCCCUGAGAUAGGAGUUGAUGAGGUCUCUAAAAACAGUCUGAACUCAUGGAUCAGUAAGAUGGAUGUGAAGAUGGAGAAAAAGUUGGAUGUAGCGAACAAUGCGAAGGAUAGGUCUUCACUGCAUUUUCACCCAAGCACUCAGCCUUCAUCCAAAACGCACAAUGGGCCAUUGCCAUAUUCAGGAAAUCCAGACAAGUCGAAAGCCAGGAACAACAGACGGUCCUUCCAGUUCCUGCCCCCUCGACCUCCUCCGAGUGUCAAAGUACCGUCUGACACGGAUGCCGUUGGGAUGGGUCACAAACCCCGCCUCGCAGUGGAGGAGGCUCUGAAAGAAAGUGAUCGCGAGCACUACAGACUCCUGGUGGAGAUGGUGUCAGAGAAGUACACCAGCAAGAAACCGCUGCCCUGCGGACGAGUGAAGCCUUUUGUGGUGAGGCCAACUCCUCAGGGAUCACCUCUCCCAGUGGACAUGCACAGACCAACCAUAAUUAGCAAGACCUGUAAUGGUGCUACCACCAAGCCUGGGCCAAUGAAAGCCAACCCCAGUGUUUCAGUCUGGAGAGAUGUCUCCUCUACAAGACAAAAUACAGACAGUUUCAGACGGGUGGACACGAGUCUUGGUAAACCCAGAAGUUCAGAGAUCGGAAAAGUGGACAGCAAGCAUACCAUGAAAGAAAAGACUGAAGAUGUGCUUUCCGGCUCGACGUCACUGCAAGUGACAGCACAGUCACAGAAACCUGCAGUACUGAAGCAGACCUCGGACGUUGACCUAUCGUCCGAAAUUGCAGCCCGUUUGAACCUUGUGGACCGUGAGCCUGUGGUCCCCGCCACACCCGCAGCCCACCCAGAGAGGCCGGCGGCUGACAGUGGACGGGGGCCGGAGUUCCCCCGGCUCACCAAGGAGAUGCUGCAGGAGGUGAGUGCAGCACUGGGUCAGAAGGACCCAAACCUGGUUCUGAGCAGUGCUUUCAAACUGAGGAUUACCCAGAGAGACCUGGCCACACUCCGGGACAGCAGCUGGCUCAACGACGAGGUGAUCAAUUUCUACCUGAACCUGGUGGCAUCUCGCAGCGAGCAGGAGGGGGGCAGGAAGGUGUACGCCUUCAGCACCUUCUUCUUCCCCAAAUUGCAUGGAGGAGGCCAUACGGCCGUGCGGCGCUGGACCAAGGCCGUGGACCUCUUCGUCUAUGACAUCAUCCUGGUGCCACUGCACCUUGGAGUUCACUGGUCUCUUGCUGUUAUUGACUUAAAGGCAAAGUCUGUGAAGUGUUACGACUCGAUGGGCCAAAGACAUGAUGAAAUCUGCAGACUCUUACUGCUGUACUUGAAAGAUGAGUACAAGACCAAGAAGAACAAAGAUCUGGAAGUCUCCAAGUGGGAAGUGACUAGUUUAAGGUCCAACGAAAUUCCUCAGCAAAACAAUGGCAGUGACUGUGGAGUCUUCGCCUGUAAAUAUGCUGAUUACAUUGCUCGUGGCUGGCCUCUCACUUUCACACAGUCACACAUGCCGUACUUCCGGAAGAGGAUGAUCUGGGAGAUCCUGAACCGGCAGCUGUUGUAGGAGGGAAUGUUGCCAUGCAAUACGUUCCUGCCCGACAGCGGUCAUUCCAGGCACCAAUUACGGUGUGACCAAAGCACAGAGCCACCCAGCUGCGGUUUUCUGUGUCAACCACUGUACAGGGUCUUUGUAUUACGAACACAUGGAAAGUGAUAAGCUAGUACUAUUAUUAUUAAUAAUAAUUUAUUUUAAAGCUGAUUGUGACAUUGGCUUCACUUCAGAAUUUCUUUUUUGCUGAGAGCUGAGAGUUGAGUCUUCAUUUGUGUUUUUGGGGAGUGGAAUGUGACAUACGGUGUAUGGUGCUGGUCUAGCCUGAUGCUGGCCGUGGUUUUGAGCACUACAUCCUUUAUGUGCAUUUUCGGAAGCGUAGCUAGUCUUUCGAGGGAAUCCCGCAAAACCAGAAUCACGUCUGUCCAUUGAAACUCCCCGAAAAGGUUAAGCAAACAUAGCAAUAGCAGAGUAAAUGAAUGACCUUGUGGGACUUGAUUCUGGUAGCCCUAAAUCCUUGGAGCUGGAAAUUUAGUCUUUAUUUUUUGUGCCUCUACUUGUAUCUGGGCUUAUGUGCCUUAACUGUACCACAGAUAAACUUGUGUAUAUAUUCAGUGUUAAAUUAAUUUAUCAUUUCAAAACACAAUAGUAAUAUAAUCUUCAUUUGCUCACUAUUGAGUUGUGUUUGACCUAUGAAAUUAACCCAAGUUAUGCUUUCUUUGCAAUAGCUGCAUACUGACAACUAGCGAGAAAUGCUCUUUAGUGAACAGCUCAUUUUUGCUAUUUUUGUGGAAUGUCGCCCCCGCCUUCCUCUGUCCAGAUAAGCAUAUUUUUUUAUGCAACUUGUUUCUGAUGGACUUUGAUGGCACAGAAGUUCAAUAAUGAGCUGAUGACAAAGUAAAAACAAACCUGAACAUGGUACAGUUACAGAAUUGGUGGAUGAUUCCUUUGCAUUCAGCAUUAUUAUAGAGA